AUGGAUUCAGAUAAUAGAAUGGAGGUAAAAGUAGAAGACAUAGCUCAAACAUAUCAAGAAACAGUGAAAAUAUUUGAAAAUCUGCAUAAAAUAUUUUCAGAAGAGGAUGCCCCUACUUUGUUAACAUACUAUGAUAUUUGUAUAUCUCGUAUAGGAGAGCUCAUCUCAAUAGAAACAAAUGAAUUUUUAAUUGAAUGUCUAGAAAACAUUUUAAAUCAGAUUAAGUGGCAACAAGAGAAAAUAAGAGUCGCUUAUUCUUCCGGUAUUAAUCCUGAAAAUAAAGUAACUGUAAAUAAUUUACAAUGCCAAGAUACAGUUGAGCCAAAAGGAAAACUCAAGGAUAACAAUUAUGAAUACCGCCAAGAAGUAAUCAGGUCAACCUUAUGUCAAGUGACUGGAAAUGGACUGAAAGAUAUUGUUGGGCUUGAAAAUGUAAAAUUAUUGCUUAAAAACACAAUUUUACAUCCUCUGAAGUAUCCUCAACUUUUUACAGGAGGAAGAAAACCAUGGAGUCAAAUUCUACUCUACGGACCGCCUGGAACUGGGAAAUCUAAAAUUGCUUCUGCUCUAGCUUUCGAAGCAAAAGCUCAGCUAUACAGCAUAUCAAGUGCUGAUUUAUUAUCUUCAUAUAUUGGAGAGUCAGAAAAGAUGAUUAAAGAUCUUUUUGAAUUUACCAGAAAGAAUAAGAGCAAAUGCUUGGUAUUUAUAGAUGAGAUUGACAGCAUUUGCCGAAGGCGAAAUGACAGAGAAGCAGAUCAUUCAAGAAGCAUCAAAAACCAACUUUUGAUCGAACUUGACCAAAAUUUGAAUUCAGAGAAUACAUGUUUCAUUAUAUGUGCAACAAAUUGCCCAUGGGAUAUUGAUGUGGCGUUCAUGAGGAGGUUUCAAUGUAGAUUACAUAUAUCGCUACCUGACAGAACUUCGAGGAUAGAAAUAAUUAAAAAUAAGUGUGAAGGAAUUGGUUUAGAUAUAAGUAAUGAAGAUUGGGAAAUAAUUGGAAAUGAGACAAAUGGAUACUCGGGAUCGGAUUUGAUAAACUUGACUAGUUUUGCUUUACAAGAACCGAUUACUGAUUUAGAAACCAGCCAAACAUGGCUUUUUCAAAAAGGUAAAUGGAUACCAUGUGCUUUUAACAACCCCAAUGGUGUUAAGAUCCCUUUGACUGAAAUACCACCUGAUAAGGUUGGUGUCAGAGAUGUUACACUACAAGACUUCAUGAAAGCGAUAGAAAUAGUUCCUAAAACUCUAAGUGAUGUUGAACUACAACGGUACAACCAGUUUUCGAAUAAAAAUUAA